AUGUUGAUGUUGCUGGAAAGCUUAAAGUGCCUACGAGAGAAGGUGGAAAAUGAAGUGGAUAGGCAACAACCUUUGGUUGGAUAUUAUCACAAAACUUUGAGGCAAAACCAAGCUUGUUUAAUGGAAAUUUGGUUUGUGGUCUAUAAAUUGGAACAAUAUUUUGGCUGGUCUAUAUUGAUACUGUUCUUCUACAAUGGAAUUAUCAUUCUGUGUACGGUUAGCUGGGCCUAUGUUCAAUAUCUUUAUGAAAUUAAAGCAACUUAUCAAAUAUUACGCUUGGCCUACAUUACUGUUGUCCUACUCAAUAUGCUUUUAUUAUGUUAUUUGACUCAAAAAUGCAUAAAUGAGUACCAAAAGUUUUCCUAUUUGCUGCUCAACUUUAAAUUGUAUCCUCAUGAUGUGCAAAUGAGAAUGACCACAAGGGAAUAUUCACUGCAAUUGAUGCAUCAAAGAAUACAAUUUACUUGUAAUGGUUAUAUGGAUAUCGAUCUAAGUUACUAUGGUAAGACAAUUUUGGUCAUCUUCGCGUAUGUUGUAAUUGUGCUGCAAUUUAAACUAACUGAUAUUUCCGAUGCUAACUCCUUCAUUGGUCACAUGUGCUUCCAGUUUAUUGAUAUUUGCAUUUAUCAUAUCAAUAGUUUGCAGAUGCUUUUAAUUUUCCUAAAAGCCAUAUUGUUUGAUGGCUCUAUUUUGGUUCUUUUAUAUGCCAAGAAAAGUAUUAAGAUAUUACUAGUGCAUAUCAUAAGCAGCAAAGAAAAUCUACAUUAA